AUGAUGUCUUCUAUAUGGCGUAAUUCGACGCGUCAAUUUUCAACAGCCAGACUCUGUUUAUCAAAUAUUGGAAAGAAGCCAAUCAAAAUCAGUGAUGGUGUUUCCUACUCAAUCGAAUCAAUUCCUAUUGAAUUUUGCAAAUCAUUCACCAAGAGAAACAAACGAUUUGUUCUUGAUAGACAGAUUGUUGUCAAAGGACCACUUGGUGCACUUAGAACCGAAUUACCCAAAUUUAUACAUAUCCAUAACCCGCAGGGAGAUAAUCAACAAAUUGCCGUCAAAGUCGAAAGACCACACAACAAAACACAAAGGUCACUAUGGGGAACUAUACGUUCAGCUAUACAAAAUGCAAUUAUAGGGACUAGCGAAGGUCAUUUAUCGAUAGUGAAGUUUGUUGGUACUGGUUACAGAGCUAUAAUUGAAAAGAAUGAAAAAGGAGAGGAUGUAGUGGCAUUGAAAAUUGGGUUUCCAUAUACGCCGAGAUUGGUUGUUCCACCUGGUUUGAAAGUCAGCAGUCCUAAUCCAGCUAGAUUGAUUGUUGAAGGAUGUGAUAAACAACAAGUCAAGUUAUUUGCUUCAUUGAUUAGGGAACACAAGAAACCUGAGCCUUAUAAAGGUAAAGGUAUCUUUGUUGAUGGGGAAACAGUGGUGCUUAAAGAGAGGAAGAUCAAAUAG